GAGAUGGUGGGUGGGGGUUCACAUUAGGUUUGGGUUUUGAGUUGGCAGCAUUUCGUUUGAUGGCUCUGUCGCACUGACAGGAUUCUCUCUUUAACUUCGCAUUUCCAUCGACGGCAUGUCGUCGUGGACGCGUAAAAAUAUGCUACAUUUCGCCAAAUGCAUGUAAUUAUGUGACACAACCCACAUAGCGUGACUAUGGAAUAUGGGCGAUGCGGAGCUGUCAAACUCUUCUUUGAUCGCCUGCGAUGGUCACCAUGGCAAUAAUUACGCGUCAGGAGAACAGCGCCGUGUGGAGAUCGCGUAAAAGCGCACUGUCUGUCAGAUAGUGACCGUUUCCAGAACAGGUGCGUGCAUGUGUGUGAAUCGCUCUCAGUCCGGCUAUAGACCGACGAUGGGAUGGCACGGCGCGGGUGAACGCUAGAUCGCCCGGCUCGGGUGUUAUUUGGUGAAGCGGCACCGGCUGUUGCGCAUCACGUUGGUGGAAACCCGGCGUGGAUGGGUGGCGGUUCCGCAUCGCAAGGAGAUCCCCCCGCCUCGCGCAGAGAGACCACCCGGAUUCUGCAGAGGAAUGCCGCGACGCGCCGACAGCGAGCGUCUUUACAUUGCGUCCAUCGGGGUAUUGGAGAAGUGCAGUGGGCGAAGGCAUAGGCUGACUCUGCGCGCAACAGACCGCGGCCAGUCGUGACUUUCACCUGGCGACACAAACACGGACCCUAUCGCGUUUGGACGCGUGCCAUCCGCGCAACAGCUGCGCGUUAAUGCCAGCAGGUGCAAGACCUGACUUUAGUGCUGGUUUGCCCUGUGCAUCACUCUAUCUGUUACAUUCUCUUGGCAUUCAUUGUGAUAAACUCAAGCACACAGUGGCUGCAGUUGUGUGAACACUGGUCAGGAUGCAGGUAUCAUUUGCCUGUACAGAGCACAAUCUAAAGAGCCGCAGCGAGGAUCGGCUGUGUGGCCUGCGAACUGCCCCUCCACCAGGGGGCAGCAGCAGUGGAGGGGGCGGAGGGGAAAGAGGGAGCGGACAAGGAGGAAACGGCAACUAUGCCCCUCAGAGCUCCGUCAAAUUACGGGAUACGAUGGGGCCCCGCCCUUUACCACAAGGCCAUGCCCACAUGAAAGAGGCUAUUGGACGACACAGUAGCAUGAAAUACAGAAACCUUGGGAAAUCAGGUUUGCGUGUUUCCUGCUUGGGUCUCGGCACCUGGGUGACAUUUGGCUCUCAGAUCUCUGAUGAGAUGGCAGAGAGUUUAAUGACGAUAGCCUAUGAGAAUGGAGUAAAUCUGUUUGACACAGCAGAAGUAUACGCUUCAGGCAGGGCUGAAAUCACUCUGGGGAACAUAAUUAAAAAGAAAGGCUGGAGACGGUCCAGUUACGUUGUAACGACUAAGAUCUACUGGGGUGGACAGGCGGAGACAGAAAGAGGCCUGUCAAGAAAACACAUCAUAGAAGGGCUACGAGGUUCUCUGUCUCGACUACAGCUGGAUUACGUGGAUAUCGUCUUUGCCAAUCGAAGUGAUGUAAACAGUCCCAUGGAAGGUCUUUCAUUUCUUUCAUGCCCUUUGUUACAGUAUGAAUGCAAAAUGCGUUUCACAUGCCUCAUCGAGAGAAUUAUUGUGUGUUUCACAGAAGUGGUACGGGCAAUGACAUUUGUUAUAAACCAGGGUAUGGCCAUGUACUGGGGUACGUCACGCUGGAGUGCCAUGGAGAUAAUGGAGGCGUACUCUGUAGCGAGACAGUUUAACCUGAUCCCACCCGUAUGCGAGCAGGCCGAGUAUCAUUACUUUCAGAGGGAUAAAGUAGAGGUCCAGCUUCCGGAGCUUUACCACAAGAUCGGUGUCGGUGCAAUGACCUGGUCUCCUCUCGCAUGCGGACUCAUCACAGGAAAAUACAGCGAUGGCGUCCCAGACUGUUCACGGGCCUCAAUAAAAGGGUAUCAGUGGCUGAAAGAGCGAGUAAACAGUGAAGAAGGACGCAGACAACUGGCAAAAAUUAAAGAGCUCCACCUGGUGGCCGACAGGCUCGGCUGCACUCCUGCUCAGCUCGCGAUUGCAUGGUGCUUACGUAGUGAGGGAGUCAGUUCUGUACUUCUUGGUGUCUCCAACACAGACCAACUUCUUGAAAACCUUGGAGCAAUGCGGAUUCUGUCUCAAAUGAAUCCUCAGACCAUAGGUGAGAUCGACGCACUCCUGGGAAACAAGCCUCACUCCAAGAAAGAGUCACGCGCGUGAAGGAACGAGAUGAUUACCGAACCACAUACAGCCAGAAAAAGCAAGCGAUGGAGAAAAGACUGAACGCGGCGUCCCAUGGCUUCUCUGCUCUCCCGUAUAUUACAACACCUGCAUGCCUUCUGCAACAUGCUUCCAGCCCAUACCGCACUGCUCUCUGUAACCCUACUCAAAUAUCUGAACAUACCGACAAAUAAGACGUGCAAACUCUGAAACGGCCGCACAAACGUCAUCUUUCUUUAUUUGGAUACGCUGACGUUUCUGUCUUGAAGGAGAAAGUCUUGCAAAACCAGGAAAUGAAAGAGGCGAUGGAAAGUUUCCAUGACCCCUCUCGUCCCUGUCCUUGUUUUUCCACCAGGUUUUCAUCGGACGAGCUGUUAUGAGAGAGUGCGUAUGACGUGAGGCACGAACGAAAGUUUGUAUGCGUGCAUGAGGUGACACAAACUCUUUAUCGCUGGUGUUGCACCUGAGCUACUCAAAACUCGGACGCCACGUCUCGCCGGGUGGACGGCGUGUCAGACGCUCAACGUAGCCAGAUGUUUACGAAAGGUGCUCGCCACAUUCGUGGGGACGUCGCGGUACCCGUCAAAGUGCGGAGGAGUAUGCGGACACAUCGGCGUGUGACAGCAACAAGUCUCAACAUCACAAGUCUUCCUCCGUUUCUCUCCUUUCCAUCUCUCCUUGUGUUUACAAUGGUGCACCUGUCCCUUUAAGAGAAAUGUGUGCAGUUGUAGGAGGGAAGUGCGAGUGUGUAUAUGAUGCCUCACAAACAGGUUCAAAGCCAAUUCUCUAUUUAUUAAAAAAGCAUGUGUCAUGUGUUUCAUUUGAUAUAACAGUUAGUUGCAGUCCUUGAUUCUGAUUGGUCGAAAGCUGUGAAUUUAUUCAUGACAGCUGCACUCAACGAGUCUGUGUGUCACUGCACAGCACCCCAGACAGCAGACGAGUUCGGGCCGAAUCCACACCGAACUCGGCAGAUCCGUCUGUCAUUUGCUGUCUGGGCUCGCAAUGUCAAACAUUCUGUACAAGCGUUCCUUCAGGUUGAAUGAGUGACCCGGGUGGAGCUGCCGCUACAGCAGCAAGCAGGCUCCUGAUUGGUUAACGCAGCGCGAAAUUCCGCCAAAGUAAAAAUUUUUCAACUCGGGCGUCAACCAGCAAUUCGCGGCAAACGCAAAAUGCACAAAAAGCACCAUUCGCGCAUACUUUGCGCGAACGAGGCAAAAUCGCAUCUUCCUCGCCACGCCAAACGCCUCAUACGCGUCUUCACAUUGACUUAACAUUGAAAUCACUCGCGCUUCAUGCCUCUACCGCGGCUGGUGUAACAUCCUAGGUUACUCGUGGGAUAUAACUUCGUGUCAUGAGAAUUUUUCGCUCGAGUUGAAUAUUUUCAACUUGUGCGAAGACGAGUUUGAGGCGAAUAGCGCGUGUUUUCACGGCAAACGCGCCGCCCAUAUUGCGUCAUUCGCAUCGCCCCACGCGAGGACGCGUCUGAUCGCGUCUUUGCAUUGACUUUGUAUGUAAUCUACUCACGCAAAUCGUUGAACUCGCAUCUGGUGUAACUGUGGGUUUACACCAAACGCAAAGCGUGCCAUCACAUCGCGUUGCUCGCUCUAGAUUACUCGCGGGAUUUAACUUCGUGUCAUGCGAAUUUUUCGCUCAAGUUGAAUAUUUUCAACUUGAAUGAAGACGCGUUUGAGGCGAAUAGCGCGUGUUUUCACGGCAAACGCGUCGCCCAUAUCGUGUCAUUCCCAUCGCCCCACGCGAGGACGCGUCUGAUCGCAUCUUUGCAUUGACUUUGUAUGCAAUCUACUCGCGCAAAUCCUUGAACUCGCAUCUGGUGUAAACCCACAGUAAACGCAGCAUAACAACGCCCUUCAGGCGUGACUUAUUCAUGAUACAGCAUGGCCUCAACUAUUGCUUACCUAAAGGGAUAAUUCAGUCAAACAUUUAAAUUACCCCACAGUUUACUCACCAUCAAGCCAUCCUCGAUGUAUAUGAUUAUCUUUUUCAGACAAAAACAAUAUGAGUUAUAUUAGAAAAUGUCCUGGUUGUUCCAAGCUUUAUAAUGGUAGUAAAUGGUGCUUCUGAAAAAAGUCCAUCCAUCCUUACCAGAAAUAAUCCACACGGCGCCAGGGGGUUCAUAAAAAUGUCACAAAUAAUCAUUUGAAUGAUUUCAGUGCUUUGUCAAAAAUUUGCUUACAGGAAAAUAAGAGAACUGGGUUUGAAUACUUUUGCGAGGCAUCAUGUGUUUGCGUGUGAAGCUUGGCUUCUGUGUUCAGCAUCCUUUGCACUAAGUGGACAGAGUCAUAAUUUUAAGAUCAUGGGUCCUAAUAGUCAUGAUGGUUAACAUGACCAGAGAACUGUGCUAGUAUUGCUGUGUAUUUGACACACAUAUACACACACACACAUUUUCACGGUUCUGUCAUGUGUUUAUUGUUCUGUUCAUUGUUCGUGUCUUUUAUUAUGUAGCUCUGUUUCAUGUCCAAACAUGAGAUGAGACUUUAAUAAAACAAAACAUGAAGCAUGAAACAACGAGCAUGAUCAAGAACAAGAAACACGAGGGCUAUAUAUAUACAGACAAGAAACCAAUCAGAACAUGACACAUCGGGAACAAGAGACAACCAUGACAAUGAACACUUUUAAAAUAAAAGACAUGAACAUGAAACAGAACUACAUAAUAAAAGACAUGAACACAUGACAGAACCGUGACACACACUGCGUCUGUGACAAUGAAAAGUGAAGCACUUCACAUAUUUGUGUGUUUGUGUCGUUCCAUGAUUUCAGACAGGCACAGAUGAGACUCCUGACUGGAUUGAAUGAAUCCCUUCUGAAAAUUUCAUUUAGCGAAUGAUGUAUAUCACAAUUGUGCAGCGCCACAAAACAAGGUUGACCAAUUUACAGUAUUACAUAUCUACGCUUAGACUUUGUUUAGACGAGCAACAAAAAUCUGUUUUUUUUUGUAUGUGUGUGUUCUGUUUAGUUAAAGAUGCAUAGUACUAAACAAUAAGAUAUUUAGAUACACAGGAAAUUUACUGCAUUGUCUAAAGCCUGGGAUACUUGCCGAUUUUUGCCAUCCUAUAAGAUCAUUACCUCAUAACACUGUGCGACAUGGAGCGUUUAAACUUGGGUACGAUGAAACCUAUUGAAUCAUAGGCUGCAACUUCAUCAGCAUGCACUACUGGUAAACAAAUACAGGUCAGCAGGUCGUAGCAGCAAACACACUGUGCUUUGAUCAUGCUGAAUUUCUGACAUUGUCAGAAAACUAUCGUAGGCUAACUUUGGUCGCAAGACCGCGAAAUGGCCGUCUUUGAAACUCUCUCACUGUACGAAAUAGGACAACCAAUAAAGAGCCACAAUCACAGAAAUCGCGACAAUUGUUUCACAAUGGCAUUCUUUCGUCUUGAACAGCCAAAAAUCGUGCAGUGUAUCCCGGGCUUAAAAAAUAGAGUUCACAUUUCAUCAGAUACAAAGUGACGUGGGGAAAGUUUCUAAAAAGCAAAAUCAGAUUUAUGUACUGUGUGAACAAAGACUAGGACUUCUUGAGACACACACAGUUGAACACAGUAAGCAGGUACACUAUAAAAAAGUAUGUGUUUGUGCGGUAUUAAUUUUUUUUUACUAAAGGUGCAGUGUGUACAUUUUAGUGGCAUCUAGUGGUGAGGUUGCGAAUUGCAACCAACGGCUUAGUCCACUGCUCACCCCUUGCUUUUGAAACACAUAGAGAAGCUAUGGUAGCUGCCACCGGACAAACAUGUCAUAGUCGGAGACAACUUAGUAAAAAAAAAAGUCAGUUAAGGGCUUCUGUAGAAAAAUGGCGGCACAAAAUGGAGACUUCCAUGUAAGGGGACCCUCUUUGUAUGUUGAUAAAAAGGUCUCGUUCUAAGGUAAUAAACACAUAACGGUUCAUUAUGAAAGGUCUUUGUACACCCCUGAUAAUAUAGUUUUGUAUAUUAUUUUGCAUUUCUGUCAAGAGAUCCUUCUAAAAAUUACACACUGCACCUUUAAUUCAGCAUUUUUACACUAGUAACUAACAUAAAUUAACUAAAGGGAAAUUUCAUCCUCUAAAUCUGUAUGAUUUUUUUUCAUAUAUUUUUCAUCAUUUAUCACAAUACUUCCAAAAUAUUUUUUCGAAUGACGUAUUCUUUGAUUUUUUUUUUUUUUUUUUUGAGGAACACAAAAGAAGAAUUUUAAUAAAUGAUGCUAAGCACACAACUGAUUGUAGCCAUUGACUUCCAUAGUAGCAAUAAAAAAUACAAUGGAAUUCAAUGGGUACCAUCAACUGUGUGCUUACAUCAUUUAUCAAAAUAUAUAUUUCAUCAUUUAUUAAAAUACUUCCAAAAUAUUUGUUCCUACUAUGGAAGUCAAUGGUUACAAUCUGCCAUGUGCUUACCAUCAUUUAUCAAAAUAUAUUUUUUAUCAUUCAUCAAAGUACUUGCAAAAUAUUUUUUCCUACUAUGGAAGUCAGUGGUUACAAUCAGCUGUGUACUUACCAUCAUUUAUCAAAAUAUAUUUUUCAUCAUUUAUCACAAUGCUUUCAAAAUAUUUUUUCCUACUAUGGAAGUACAAAAUACAAAAUAUCUUCUUUUGUGCUCAUUAAAUUUAGGUUUA